UUGUCUCACUUGUGGUUGGAAAAUUGCCACAACAAUGCCAAUGGUAUUUAAUCGGAUUACAUCAACCAGCAUCAUCAAAGAGAAGCUAUAGUUAGCAAUUGCUUAUCAACUAGGUGCUAUUACAUCUCAAGAGGUACGAAUACAAGACCAGUGGUGCAGCAGCCAUGCUCUUACUGCUCACAGUGCUAGUGGGGGGAGGGGCUGCCUCACUUGUUCUAGGAUGGUUCCUUCUGCAAGCUUUUGUGCAGUCUAAGUUCUCACAGGAUACAGUGCAAGAGUUCCUGCUCAGGGCCAGUGCUGGGCCUGUGGCUCAUCGUGCAGGCCAGCCAGAGAACACACUGGCAGGGUUUAGACUGUGCAAGGACCAGGGAGCUUCUGGAGUUGAGGUAGACCUUAUGUUCAGUCAAGAUGGCCAUCCAGUGCUAAUACAUGAUGAGACAGUAGAUAGAACUAGUAAUGGGACUGGAAGAGUAUGUGAGCUCACACUGGAGCAGCUCAAGUCGCUGGAUGUGGGCUUCAAAGCAGGGUCGGAAUUUGCUGGUGAGAGGAUCCCUACAUUGUAUGAGGCACUGGAUGUUUGCAAGGAGCUCAAUCUGCUCAUGUUUCUGGAGCUCAAGGAAGAUGCUGAAAAGUCAGCAGCGUUGAUAAAGACGCUGUUUUCCCGGGACCCAAGUCUCUACAAUAUGGUGGCAAUCAUUUCCUUUCAUCAAAGCAUCAUACACAAGUUACAGAGAAUGGACCCCAAGCUUCUCCUUGGUCUGGUGUAUCGCUCUGGUUACGAUGCAUACAGUGUGACUGGUAGGAGGAAACACUCCUCUCUCAUGAAGCAUCUACUCUACGUGCUCUAUGAUGCAUUGUUAGAGUGGUCACUGAAGACCUGGCUAUGGCGGGUGCUGGGGAUCAGCUUGUUGGUAGUCCACAAGAAUGACAUACUAGGAAAGAUAUUCCCAACUGGCAUGUGGGAGAGGAGGGACGUGUGUGUGGUGGGGUGGACAGUUAAUGACAGAGAAGAAAAGAGACUAUUUGAGAGUGAACUCAGAAUACCUUAUUUCACUGAUCAUGUCUCAAACACUGAUCAUGUCUCAAACUAGUUAAACUUUUAUAUCAUCUUUUAUUUUUGUUAAUAACUUUUUUCUUGAAGUGCACAAAUGAAGUGUCUACUUGCAGUGAACAAUAAUUA